GUGUCUGUGUUCCAGAGGGUAGAAGAAUAGAAUAGAGAAAGAUCAGGAGCUGAGAGAACACUCCCUGGUGUUGGUAGUGUUGAUGUCACUAUAGGAGGAGCUCUCUGGACAGGAGCUCUCUGUCCACUACCACCCAGUCCAACCCUGGUCUUCUCCUCUUCCUUUCCUCCAUCCUCCUCUACUCCUCUGGGAUUGACCUGACCCCUAUUCCUCUCAUCUCUCAUUUCUAUCAUUUCUUCCUCCUGUCCUCCGUGUGGAGCAGUGCCACAGAGCCAUGCACCCCCAGCGUCCUCUCCCCCAGGCCAUGCCCUCCUCCCUCGGGCAGAACCUGCGUGACAUGGCCAUGGGCCUAGGCAGAGGGAAGAACUUCCUUGGUGGGAACAUUGCCUACGGCUUCAUCCAGUCCCUCAAGGAGUGCCUCUACUUCGUACUCUGCUGCUGGUGCAUCAAGGAGAUACUGGACUGACUGACUGAGACACUACGAGAGGGAGAGAGAGGCACGAGGCUAAGAUGUUAAACACAGCGUGUGAAGCGGUUGCCCAUGAUGCAGUUCUAUAUUCCUGUCUGGAGGCUUGGGAAACUGAUGUGCUGCCUGGUGUAUCAGAGGAUCUCUGUCAUUCUCGGAUCCUGAGUCAGUCGGUCUGGAGACCUGCAGUGUGUGUGUGUGUGUGUGUGUG